AUGAAUCAGCAAUAUUCUACAACAUGCAAUGAUGAACUCAAGAAGACGAUAAAAAAUGGCGCCGCAUUUAAUGCAACGGGUAUGACUAUGCACGACAGUUCUUCACCAGAUGUAUAUGUUCACAGCUCAAGUUCUGGUGGAUUAGAAAAUAUAGGUCCUGAGAUAAAUUCCAAAAAAGGUAAGGGCUAUCAAAAGAAUUACCUGAAGGAGAGAGAAGAGAUGGAGAAAAGCGAUGAAGAAGAAGAAGAGGAAGAAGGUAUAAACGGACGACUGCCAAUGCGGUUGAUUCAUCAACCAUCGGAAGAAGGCUUUCAUCAGGUUGUGAAAUUUACAAAACGUGCAACACGAAGAGAAGAAAAAGGGCUUCCAAAAGUAAAAUCAUUUGCUUUUACUGAAUUUAGUGAAGAAGAAAAAUCCUCAUCAAAAAGGGAAAAUAUUAGUUCUAUAACAAUUAACAGGAAUUCAGUAAGUCAUGAAUUAGAUAAUUGCAUCACUUUCAUAGAACAAAAUUUAGAUGCAGGUAAUCGGCUUCAAUCUGAAUAUUGUAAGCCAGAUGAUAAAACCUAUCUCAAGUCUGCUACCGCUAACACUGAUAGUUACUUCUUGAAUUGUGACACCAUAGAACUGCAGCAUUUGAGCUGUGAAUCAGUUUGUGCCGAAUCGGAAAUGCUUAAUGAAACAAUGAUAGAAGCUGAUAACUUGUCGCAGCAAAUACACGAAAAAUAUGAUCAGCAAGAAUGUGACAGAGCACAAAUUUGUCUUGAGAAUUGUGGCUCACAAAUAGAUGAAGAAUCGAAAAUCUCUACAACUCUGCAGAAAACGAUAGCUAACAAACCAGCUCAGACCCAAGUGAUAUUAAAAAAGAAACGAUGCCAUGAAUGCUUUGCUGAUGCUGUUUUUAAUGCUGCUGACAGCACAGUUCAACAGCAACAGGAAUCGCCCAACAAGAACAGAACUUUUAUUAUUAGUGACCCACAACACUGUUCGGUCUCCGCGACACUUUCUUUGGGCAGACCCAAAAAAUUGUUCAUCAGCAAGGGAAGUAAAGCAGCAGCGACAUUUCAAGCAUCAACCACAAUUACAGCGCAACGGCAGAAUUUGAAUAAUUCUAAAGAAAUCUCAAUAUCUCAUAGCAGAAUAGAUCAAAAGUCACCAUUGGCAAACUUCGAAACAAGGGCAACUUCACCAUCUUCAAGUGAACAUAUUCGAGACUCUGUCAACAGUAACAAUGACAGUAUUCCUUUACUGCUGCAGCAAAAUUACCCCAAAACUGUUCCGUCUGAUCCGAUACCAGUAGAUAGUGCUGAAACAGCUUCUGUACCAAAAUGUUCAGAUACUGUAACACCGGAAAUUACCAUCGACAUUCCGCAUCCUGACUCGUCGCAAUCAACGCUAAAUUCACGUGGAUCUGGCGGUUAUCGUGGUGAUUGUUCCUCAGUUAACAGCUUGCAUUCAACAGAACAUAAAGAUGGAAUGAAUCGAAGACAAAAUAACAUUAACGAAUUCCGAGAAUCUCUUAGCAGUAGGCUUAGUCGUGGAUUUCUUGAAUUCACUCAAGGUAGCAGUGAUAGAUUGCAGAAAUGGAAAAAUAAAUUACAAAACGGUCGGCGGCACAAAGAUUCUAGUGAACCACCACCUGCUAACAGGAAAAUGCCAACAACAAAUCAAGAGCAAAAUGGGCAUUUGUCGGAUGUCGAAGUGGUACUUGAUUGGGCAGCACUCAAAUGUGAUUCCACUGAUCAGAUACAUAAUGCCAAAUUUUCACCAAAAACAUCAGUUUUUGCACAGAAAGAAGACCGACCAAAUUUGCCGACGCGAUCAACCAGUGAUUUCUUCUUGACAAGCGAGAGUACUACCAGCCGUACAACAUUAAAUGGAUCAGGAACGAUAAUGGAUCAGCAGAAUUUGAAACAACGUGACAAUAAAGGUCCUCGAACAGUCAAAAAUCUUGCUGCACAUUUUCAAAAUUUAAAAAAUAUUCGAACAACAACUGCUCAAACUGUUGAAAAUUGCGAUAAUCUAAGCAACAAUUUGCCACCGCCAGUUCGAAUUACUCCAUAUUCAGGUGUUAAACCAAAGGAUAUGGACAUUAUUAGACCAGUAGCAUUCCGACCAUACGCUUCACGCAAGUCGGACAAACGGCAAACAGUUAUCUCGUCAUCAUUUUCUUUUUAUAAUAGCGACAAAAAGAGUGAUUAUUUAACAAAACGAUUAUCAAACAAUGAUGAAUUGAAACGGUCUUCACAGCAUUCAAAAGACACUGUGUCAAAUUCUUCCGCACCAUCUUCAGGAUAUGGUAGCACCAGACCGAGAGCCAUCUAUCAACCAUCCACUAGCUUCCAAAUGACAUCCGCAAUGAUUACGCAAAGAAGGUCUAACAAAAUUGAGGCUGAGGAAAAUGAUUAUGAUGUUGUGCCAGAAUACAUUGAACGCGACAAAUUCUACAUUAAUGUAGAUUCGUCAAUCGGUGAGAACUAUUCAGUUGUACGUUCGAUGCCAUACUUUCACAACUCACUGUCCGAGAAACUUCCUGCUGCAUCAGCGACAUCAAGCAGUAAUACCACUAUUAGCCAUGAUAAAAUACAGCAACAUGCAGCAGUCAGCGUAACGACUGGGAUUUCAUCACUAAAUCUCGUCAAGAAGUCUCCAUCUUCACACCAAGUUUACGGUUCGAAUACUUCUUCUGGUAGUCGUCAUAGCUCAGGAAUACACGUUACACCUUCACCAAGUGAUUCCGGUAUUGUCGAUUACGAGACAAUCAUUCGAGAUAAGGAGAAUGAACUGACAAACGUACGAGCGACAAUGGAACAGAACGAAGAGGUUGUAGUGAAGGUUUAUUUAGAAAAGGAGCGACUUUGGAAAGAGCAACUUGCUGACCUUAAGCAAAAGUUGCAGGCUAGCCAACAAGGAGAAAACGCAUUACGGCAGCAAAUUCAACGAUGUAACGAAGAACGAGAACAAUUCAGGAGUACUAUACAGAAUCUUACCAGUGAUAAGCAAGGAUUACAACACAAAUGUUUGCAACUUGAACGUGAAUUUUUCCAACUACGUGAGUGUUUCGAUGAGCUCAUUCGAAAUCGCGAUGAAACUGUUUGCGGUCCAUGUCGCAAGCGUAUCACAUGUUACAUUACUGCAGCAAAUACUAACAACAGUAUUGCUGACAAGCGUGUUAGACCUCCACUACCAGCACCGCGGUAUUCCAAGGAAUCGUCGUCAGAACGUGAAUUACGCAAUGAAGUCGAUGAACUAAGAGAUGAAGUGUCAACUUUGCGUGAUACACUCAAUGAACAAAUUGGUCUUUUUGCUGACGAAAGGAAACGCUGGGAAGAAGAACGUAUUAAGAUUUUGAAAUCCAGUAACUCGCCUUCGGAUCGACUGGGUCUCUUGUCGAUGAAUGACUCUUCAUCUGUGGAAAUGACUUCUCAACAAUCUAGGGAUCUAAAAAUUCUUACCGAUGGUAAAUCAUAUAUUGUUAGCCAUGAUCGCCUAAUCUGA